CAGCCCCCCCCCUCAGCUGCUUCCUCUGUGAAAUAAACAAGACGAUGUUGUCAACUCCGAUGUUCCCGGUGCUGCUGCACUAAAAGUACAACACGGAACACGACGAGGGACGCCAGACAUCAUCUUCAAUCACGUCUGCGACGAACUGUUGUUUGAGUUGUCUGAUCAGGACAGACCCCGUUUCUACACGUUGAGAAGAAGAGGAGCUCACACACUGCGAUGCCUCUGCUGUUUCUGGAGAGGUUUCCAUGGCCCAGCCUGCAGACCUACACCAUCCUGAGUGUGGCUCUGCUCGCCGGCAGCAUCUUCACCGCCUACAACACUGUCACUGAUCCAGGCUUUGGGGCCUUGGAAACCGAUGAAACACCCGCUGCCCCAGAGGUGGAUCUUGAACAUCUUAAUAAUGAUUUUAGUAACACGGAGUUGGCGACCACUGUGCUGUGGUAUCUUGCCACUGACAGUCUCUUUGUGUGGGUGUUAGUCAACACAUUCUGCUGCUCUUUGAUGUUGUUUGCCAAAAUGAUUCAGUACGUGGUGUUCGGCCCACUGAGAGUCAGCGAGAAGCAGCACCUUAAAGACAAGUUCUGGAACUUCAUCUUCUACAAGUUUAUUUUCAUUUUUGGCGUACUGAAUGUGCAGACUGUGGAGGAGGUGGUCAUGUGGUGUUUGUGGUUCUCGGCACUGGUCUUUCUGCACCUCAUGGUUCAGCUCUGUAAAGACCGAUUUGAAUAUUUGUCAUUCUCCCCCUCAACUCCCAUGCACAGCCAUGUGCGAGUGCUCUGUCUGCUGGUCUCUCUUCUGUUGGACUGCUGUGGCCUCGCUGUGGUCUGUGGUCUGCUAGGAGCCUCCCAUGGCAUGCACACCCUCUCCUUUAUGGGAGCAGAGUGUCUGCUGGUGACUGUGCGUACUGGGCAUGUCAUCAUGCGGUACUCCAUUCAUCUGUGGGACCUUAACCACCCAGGGACUUGGGAGAGUAAGGGGACUUAUGUCUACUACUCAGACUUCAUCAUGGAGCUUGCCAUGUUGUUUCUGGACCUCAUGCACCAUAUCCAUAUGCUGCUUUUUGGGAACAUCUGGCUGUCAAUGGCAAGCUUGGUUAUCUUCAUGCAGCUGCGGUAUCUCUUCCAUGAGGUCCAGCGUCGCGUUCGCAGACAUAAAAAUUACCUUCGUGUCAUCAACAACAUGGAGGCCAGGUUUGCUGUUGCUACUGCCGAGGAGCUGGCAGCUAAUGAUGACGACUGUGCCAUCUGCUGGGACACCAUGCUGACAGCACGCAAACUACCCUGCGGCCAUCUUUUCCACAACUCUUGUUUACGGUCAUGGCUCGAGCAGGACACCUCAUGCCCAACAUGUCGGACCUCCCUGAACAUCAGUGGCGAUGGGGGCCAAGCGAGAGGCCAGCCGCAGGGCGGAGGUAUGGAGGGCAACAUCGUCCCCGGAGGAGCUGCUCCAGAAGCCAGACCACAUGUCAACCAUCACAACCACUUCUUCCAUUUUGAUGGAUCUCGCAUUGCCAGCUGGCUGCCCAGUUUCUCAGUGGAAGUAAUGCACACUACCAAUAUCCUGGGCAUCGCUCAGGCCAACAACAACUCCCAGCUCAUGGCCAUGGCCCAUCAGAUCCAGGAGAUGUUCCCUCAGGUACCGUCCUACCUGGUGAUGCAGGACCUGCAGUUGACCCGCUCUGUGGAGGUCACCACCGACAACAUCCUGGAGGGACGCAUCCAGGUGCCUUUCACAACACAGGCCAUAGAGCGGUCCCCUAUACAGGGGAACAAUGCAGGAGAGGAGCAGGCAGGGUCCAAUGGAGCAGCUGAGCAGGAAAUCAACGAGGCAGACAAUAUGGAGGUCAGAGGGGGUCGCUUCUCCAAGUCCGCUGAGGAGAGGCAGAAGAUGCUAAUGCAGAGAAAAGAAGAGCUGCUCCAGCAAGCUCGCAGGAGAUUCUUGAACAAGAGUCCAGAGGAUCAGGACGAGGAUUUGCCUGGACUGGAAGAGGACAUUGUCCCCGAGUUGGACUCAAGUGUCCUGAGACGUAGAAUCGUGGCAGCAGCUGCAGAGGGACGCAUGCAAAUCCAGCAAAACCCCUCACCUUGAUACCCAAAGCUUGGCUUCAGCUGGAGAGUCUACAACAUCAUCAUCCCAUGAGGCAAAAACAGCUCUUUCUACCUGUCCCCAUGUGUUGUACAGUCAAUGGACACCAUCUAUUCGAACCUCUAAUUAAAAAGCAUUGCAAACAUUGCCUUUGGACCGUUUUGAGCUGCCUCUAUUAGGUGGGACUACUGUGAAUAGCCUCUGCAUCACUGAUACAAGCCUGAGAAUUUGGAGCAUUAUAUAAAUCGAUGGGUGCAAGUUAAGAAAUGCAAAGCUGCAUUGCCCUUUACUCUCGUGCCACACAUUGCAACCACCAGCUUCCAUAGAGUCAAAGUGUCUGCUGUGGGAGAUGAGCAUGCUUUGUAUUCAGGAGAGCCAAGUCUUUUCGUGAGAAGGGUUUGAAGGUGUUAUUAUUCGAUAAAGCUACUAUUUGGGUCCUUGUUCGUUUUCCUAUUUAGCAAUUGUUUUUCACUGUGUUUGCUCAUGGCAGAAAGCUUCGUAUUCUGGAGGGAGGAACUCAGCUGACGUAUUCGUGUGUUGUUAUUUUAUGAGUUUCAACUGUGAAUCAAGUGUAGGCUUAUUUCUUACCUUUGAGUAGGUGAAUGUCACUUUAGUAUUGUUCAGCCUUUCAGUCAAAUAUGAAUGUCUCUAUCAAAGCAAUGCUGCAAACAAAAGUGUUUUUGACCCACACGGGUUGUUCUGUAUUUAGUGUGUAAUAUCACCCAGUGCAAACAAGUUUUCAUUUGUUAUCUAACACGAGGAGGGAGUUGGUGUGUAAAUCUUUGUUUUCUAAAACUGCUCCCAGAUAAACAGAGGGGAUGUAUUUAACUUAAAUUACGUGCUGCUGUUGAGUUGUGAAAAUAUUCUUUUCAGUUGACAAUUGCCAACCGUGUCUGAUUUCUUUUUAACUUGUGCAGAAAUAGUUAAGUCUGUAACAGCAGGUUUUGCUUUCAACAGUCUUCAUCAGAUCGUUAGGUGAAGCCUCUUGGAUGAGCAGCAACAAGAUUUCACUAACUUAACACAAAUCAAGCUGUGUUUGCUAAUUAUAGAUCUAAUAUAUAUAAAUCAGGUGAAUGACCGAGAAUCUUAUUGCAGAAUAUUUUGGGGGCGGUGCUUUUGUUUGUACAGCCUUUGUCUACUCACAUUGAGAAGUGCUUACUGAAACAUAACAGCAGGGAACAUAAUCAUCCUCUGCUAAAAGAUGUUAUUACAGAAAUGUGCAGCAAUGUACGACAUGGACUGGGCCAUUGGAGCUUUUUUUGGGUGCUGUCAAAUUUCACUGAAUCUGUAGCUGGUUGAGACGUGUUGACGGACACAAAGAUGGACACUGACACUGUGUAUUAUAAGUGUUUGAUUUCUUCGAUUACUGUGCGAGGAAAGUUUGGGGUGAGGUAUGCAUGAAUCCAGACAAGUGAGUUGGUUUGCUUCCACUUUAUCCCAAAGAGCAGCCCACAAACUUCCUCGAGAGGCAGAAGUGUUGUGAUCCUAAUUGUGUGUGUUCAUUUCAUUGCUCAAACUCUGUUUGGGGGUGUUGUAACAUUUAUUGGAUUUAGAUUUCAGGUUUUCAUUUAUUUAAAAUGGAAAUGGACGGUUUUAUUUUCAUUUUUAGGUUGUCAUCCAGUUACUUAACAUCUUUGAAUAUCCAUGAUAUAUUUUCCUAAUCAUGGGUUAACUUUCAUAACCAUGUCUUAUUUAAUCAAAAGUGAAAUACUUAUUUGGACUGAGCUUUACUGUAAUUUUGUGCCUAAAUUAAGAAUGGUUUGGUAAUGGAUGAUUUCUGUAAAUCUAGUUUUUGUAAAAUAUGUCAAUACAAAAGACUCAAUAAACAGAGCUUCUACAGCUUUUUAACUAAAGAGGGUGA